AUGAAGCAUCCACAUGACAAACAUGAUUCAUUCCGAAAUGAUGCCAUUGAAGAAAAAUACCAUGAUGGAAAGGCCCGUCGCAAGGAGUUUCAUGUCGGACAAAUGGUACUGCUUUUCAAAUCAAGGUUCAAGUUAUUCCCGAGUAAGCUGAAGUCAAAAGGGUUAGGACCGUUUGUAGUCAAAGAGGUGCGCAAUGAUGGAGCCAUUGUGAUCGAGGACCCAAAGUCUCAAGAAAGUUGGACUGUCAAUGGUCAAAGACUGAAAGUCUAUCAUAGCGGUGACAUAAACCGUGAUGGUAAGGAGUAUGUGUUCGUUACCAAUUCAGAUAACUUGGGUGCCCUAGUUGAUUUGAAAAUCUUAAAUCAUUUGAUCCAGAACAAGAAUGAAUAUUGUAUGGAGGUGACUCCCAAGACAUUGGCUGAUGUGAAGGGUGGCACUCUUAUUUCUUAUGAAGGAAGGGUUCAGCUCCUGGAAAUUGCCCAAGUCCCAGAUGAACAUGUCAGUGAAUUUAAGUCGAUAGAGAAGUUCAAAAUUUUCAAUACAAAUAACUUAUGGGUGAACUUAAAAGCAAUUAAAAGGCUUGUUGAGGCUGAUGCUCUGAAGAUGGAGAUUAUUCCCAAUCCUAAGGUUAAUAUCGGUCAUUUUCAAUAGACAGGCAAUAGCUCAUCUUUUCCGUU